CCUCCAAAAAUGAGAAACGGUAUCAAUUCAAAGAAAAGGAGAAAAAUGAAUCCUCCGACAGAAGCUCCUCUUUCCCCAGCCUCAACCGCUCCUCCUCCACCAACCUUAACAGCGCCUCCUCCACCAACCUUUACCGCUUCUCCUACUCCAGCGACAAUCACAUCCCCUCAGCUAGUAGCAAUGGAUGAAGUAACUCUUCUUCAUUCACCAUCCGAAAUCUCUCCUCCUCCGCCAGUUGCAAAUUCUCCUCCUCGACCAUCAUCAAACGAAGAACAAUUGAAUCCUCCUUGGCUACCACAUGAUAAUGAUGAGGAUACUCAACCAAUAGCUCUGGAGUUCUACUUAGAGCAAACCAAUUAUACAAAGUUUUGUAAGUUAUCCUCAAGGUCCGAGGAGAACAAGACGAUAGCGAAGUUAGAUUAAAUCCUUGAGGAAGAUGAAAAGGAUUGGUUUCGUUUACACCCACAAUUUCAGCAUAUUUGGCACAUGCAUAGGGAGGAGAAUCACAAGUAUACGGGUACAACCUUCAAAAUACUUGAAGAGUCCAUAUACAAAGGGAAAUAGGGGAAAGAAGAAAGAUGAACCUGCAAAGUGAAUCAUAGUUGUGUGUGCUUGUUUUGUAAUGGAUUUGGUUGGUACUUGUUAGGUAAUGGAUUUGGUUGGAUUGUAUUUGGAUGUUUUUGGUACUGAGAUUUUUAGGUACAACUGGAAU